AUGUCAGCACAACCUAUUAAAAUUGGCAUCAUUGGUACCGGUAUUUUCGCUCAUCGCCACCAUAGAGCUUAUCAAGCAGUAGGAAAAGACAAGUUUGAAAUUGUCGCCUGUUGUAAUAGGUCUAAAGAUAAAGCUCUGGCUUUCGCAAAAGAGCUCGGCAUUCCUGAAUCAGCUGUUUACACAAAUCCCGAGUCUCUCAUCAACGAUGUCAACGUAGAAGCAGUCGAUGUACUCCUGCCAGUUGAGUUUAACAAGCAGAUCGUUGAAGCUGUUGUAGCAGCUGGCAAGCAUGUUAUGUUUGAAAAGCCCAUUGCCGCUUCUCUUGAUGAUGCUCGUGAAAUUGUUUCCAUUUCACGUCAGGCCAAAACAGUUGUUGCAGUUAGUGAGAACUGGUCAUAUCAUCCAUUGAUUUAUGCUGUUGCAAAAUAUGUGCAAGAUGGUAACAUUGGUGAGAUAAUCAAUUUCACCUAUGAUUCUGCCCGCCCCUAUAAUCCUGAUACUCCUUACCAUACAACAAAGUGGCGUCAAAAUCCCAAGCAUCCAGGUGGUUAUCUUAGCGAUGGCUGUGUUCAUGAUAUGGCCCAUUUGGUCCCUAUAUUGGGAAGAUUCGCAUCUGUCUCUGCAUUCGCCACAAAGAGAUAUAAGGUCCAUGUUUUGGAAGAUACAUUGGCGACUACCAUCAAAUUGGAAAAUGGCGGUGUUGGUGUUGCAAACUUUACUUUUUGUUCAGCGGGUAUCAAAAGAAUGCAUUUGGUUGUACAUGGUACAAAAGGAUCCAUCGAGCUACUUGAUGAUAUGGAUGUAAAGUUAUUCAAUGAAAAGGGCGAAGCAAUCGAUAAUGCUCCGCUCAAAGCCUUGCAAUCCAAGGCACCAGGAAAUGGUUUUGCUGAUGUUGAGGGAGAAUUCGCUGCUUUCUAUAAGGCUGUUCGCAAUGGAAAGGAACUAGCUAUUACUACUGAAGAAGCUUUUCAUCACUUGGCUUUCAUCGUCGCUUCUUUGGAAUCCGUUGAAAGUGAAAAGGCUGUUAAAAUUGAAAAGCCUUAA